CAGAAAAUGUUUAUGUCUCGGAUUUGGAACCCGAGCUGGAACCGAACAUUUUGCCCGAUACUCUGGAGGAACUUCACAUGAGAGAAGAACCCGAGCUGGAGUCUAAGAUUGUGCCUGAUACUCUGGAGGUACUUCACGUGAGAGAAGAAGAACAUAAUUCUCCAAAUCUAGAGCUGACAAUUGGCGGCAGUCAGCAGUCAUUGCUGGGAUCCAACUCAGAAGAAAAUCAAAACAACUCGGACUUGUUUGCCAGCAUGAUAUCUCUGCUACUUCCAAAUGCCGUCCCUCUCAUGAAGAAACGUUCAAGAAGAAAACAGAGACAAGAUCUCUCCAAAAGAGAUGUGGCGGAAAGUCCUAUAGACUUUGGGAUGGGUAACACGGCAUUGGAGACUUCCAUAGCCAAAGACCCGAUCGAGCAAGGUGACACGACGGCCAUGACAACAAAUAUCUUUGACAACCAACAGAAAGCACCUACUGGCCUUAGACAUCACGUCGACAAGCAGCUUACCAGCGCAGUUGAGCGUCAAGCUGGAGAGGAGUCCAUUGCUGAAGAGCCUAUCAACCAAGUUGACAACGCCGAAACAUCUCAGCAAACAAAGAAUAUCGACACACACAAUGUGUUGGCGGAAACUUAAUCGAGUCCUCCUCACGCACAGUCAUCGUCAAUAAGCUCGCGCUUGAACAAGUCACGACGCAGCCCAGCCAGCUCUUUGAGGCUGUACAAAAGGAUUCGACGAUCACAGCAGCCAUUGCUUUGGACGACCAUUGUGCUGAUUCGGAGAACAAGCGGUACACUAUCUCGGAUACUGUUAAAAGGCUACCAGCGGAGCCUUCUGCUGACGAAAAG